AUGGCAAACUCAAAUACACACACCUCAUCCAGCGGUUACCGUUCGCGUAUUUCCAUUCCCGGACACCAAGACAUCGAUGCCAUGUCCGUCGACCCCCUUAUGAUGACUGUCUCCGAAGCAUCAGGCAGUAUUCGUCGACCCUACCACUCUCGAAACCCCUCCUCAACAACCUACGCCCACGAACUCGAAGUCGACGCCAACACAUCACGCAGCCCACCCAGUUUCACAAGCCCCUUCUCUCCCCGCUCACCGCCAUAUACUCAUUACCAAAAAGGCUACAACCCCAUCUCAAGCUCCGAGUCCCAAUACUCAUCCAGCUCCGGUGGAUUCAGAAACCCCUCAGUAGAAUCCACACCACCAAUGCACCACAACCCCAACGCAGGCUACUUCGACCUCCCGCUACAAACCCAGAUCCAGACCGAACACCGCAACUCUCAAACCUCCCAGAUCUCCCCACAGACUCAGACCGGUCGCCGACCAAGCCAGCACGGCAGGAACUGGAGCGACGCAAGCGAUAUCUCGCAAAUAAGCCAGGCCUCCAGUGCAGCCCUAGCCGAACUCGACGCCGGGCGCGACGGCGAUAGACGCUCGAGCUUCACCCGCGCUUUGGAAGGGCUUGGAAUGGGCCGCAUGGUAAGCAGGAGGCGAAGCGAACCGGUGCCACUUGCUGGUGGGCCGGUACGUGGUCCAGAGUGGACGCCGAGUCCUCGCGAGGCACCAUGGCAGGGACUUUUCCAUAUUCCUGAGGCGGGAGAGAGUGCGGUUCGGCUUGAGGGAGUGAGGGAGGUUGUUGCGUUGGGGGGUGGCAUGAGUAAUGCGCAGUUUAGGGAGAUUUCGCUGUUGGAGAGUGAGGGGGGGACGUUUGGGGCGGGGAGGAGGGGUUGGGAUCCGUACAGAGACCGGGAAGGGGAUGGGGAUGGGGAUGGGGAUUUGGGAGAUCGGAGGGGGAGGGGGAGGGGGAAAUAAAUGAACCGGGGUGCGGGUGAGUUGUGUUUGGGAUGUUGAAUUUAGCGAGUUUUUGCUUAGAUGGAUGGGCGUGGGAUAUAGGGAUACACAAAUAGGGUAUGCUUCGGAAAUUUCUUGUCUGUAGUUUUUUGUAGGUGUGGUGAUACCAAAUACGACUUCACAUUUCUCUCUCAG